CGCGGCGCGGCCUAGCGAGGGGCGCUGCGGGAGUGCCCGGCGCCAUGGCGGAGGCCGCGGCCCUGCUGACCAAGGAGCCGGCCCCGCAGGGCGUUCCCGCCUCCGAGCUGCCCAUGAAGGUGUACGAGGUGCCUCUGAACACGGGGCCCGACUCCUCCAGCGGCCUGGCCACGGCUGGCUUCCGCACCGCCAAGUACCUGAUCCCCGAGUGGCACCAGAGCAACUCUGAUCUGUACCUCAAGGCCUCCGUCUGCUGCGAGCAGGCUGAGCGCGGCCGUGCCGAGGCCAAGGAGCUGGCCCAGUGUGCCGCUGCCAGCGCCCAGCGCGCCCAGCAGCACUCUGUGGCCACCCUGGGCCGGCGCCUGCAAGACAUACACUUCUGGAAAACCGAGCUCCAGAAGGAGAUUGAGGAUCUCGAUGCUGAGACCGGCCUGCUGGCAGCCCAGCAGCUGCGGCUGGUAAGGGCGCUUGACGCCACCGAGGUGCCCUAUACCAUCGCCACCGAUAACCUGCAGUGCCGGGAGAGGAGGCAACCCCCGGACCUGGUCAGUGAUGACGUGGAGAGAGAGUUGCUGAAGGAAACUGAACUCAUCAGAAAUAUCCAGGAGCUUUUGAAAAGGACUUUGAUGCAAGCUGGUAACCAGAUGCGGUUAAAUCGAGAUCACAAAGAGGUUUGUGAAAUGGACUGGUCAGACAAGGUUGAAACGUACAACAUCGAUGAUCAAUGUGGACGAUACAGUAACCAGAGCACCAACAUCCAGUUCCAUCCUAGUUCAGUGAAGUUUGAAGAGAGUGCCUCAACACCGGAGACAUGGGCCAAGUUCAGUCAUGACAACAUCUAUAGGGCAGAACGCGAAAAACUGGCUUCCAUCAGUCUUCGUGCUUUGAUUGACAAUAUUCUUCACGACGUGUCUGAGGACCUGAGGAUGCAAUGUGCUGCUGUUAACGAGGCUUUCGCCAAACGCUGCGAGGAGCUGGAUGACACAAAACACAAACUAGAGUAUCAUUUGAAAAAUAUCCUUAAGGAGAUUGGGGAUCAAGAAGCUAACAUUGCUGCUCUCAAACAAGCUAUCAAAGACAAAGAAGCCCCGAUGAAAGUUGCUCAAACAAGGCUGUAUGGCAGGUCUUUUAGGCCCAACGUAGAGCUCUGCAGAGAUGAAGCACAAUUCAGGUUGAUCAGUGAAACUGAAGAACUAACAGAAUCCAUUGAAUCUCUGAAGAAAAAACUGCUGGAAUCCGAACAGUUUCUGAGGAACCUUGAAGACACGCGGAUGAAUUUAGAAAAAGAAAUAGCUGUGAAAACAAACAGUAUUUUUAUUGACAGGCAAAAGUGCACGGCCCAUCGCACACGCUAUCCCACUGUUCUUAAAUUAUCAGGUUACCAGUAGUAAUCUCUGCACUGACUACGCAAAGUCUGGAAGAAAAAUGUAGUCUAGAAUCUUUCAUAUAAAAUACCUGGAUAAUGUUAUACCCAGAAGUUCUGUAUUCACUGUUAUUUUCCUCUGUUCUCCUCUAUUUGGGGUAAAAUGCAUUAGUACGGUGGGCUUUGAGUCUUGCCUUUAAAAGUUCAGUCUGAGUACAGCUGUUCCUAGUGAGUUUAAAACACAGCUUAAAGAUAAUUCAUUACAUCUAGAAUUUGUCUGUAUCAUACAUGCAUGAUUGGCACAGUAUGUGACAUUUGGGCUUUUCACCCUACCAAGUGGAUAAGUUGAGUGACUAUUUAUCGUGAAUAAUAAUAAUAUACACAGAUGUAGAUAUCACAUUUAUAGCUUUCUAGCAUUUUCAGGCAGCCUGAAAUGGGAGCAAUAAAACGGCUUGCCUGACAGAGGAUCACAUGGUCAGCAGGAAAACAGAUGAUAGACUUUUAAGCUGCUCAAACAUUAUUAGUUUAAAAAAAAGUUUGCACAGGUCAGAUGACAGCCUGAUUAUUGGCAAAGCGGCUCCCAGUCCGUGACACUGGCUGAGGGAACCUGAAAAUGAGUCCAAGGAUUUUCAACCGUCAAGUCAAUAAAUUUUUUUCAGAAAAAAAAACCCUAAACAGCUUGUGAAUAGCAAUUGUGACUUUCAGCUUAAGCACUUGGAUGUUGAGUUGAGCUCAUGAUCUGUUCCAGCCAUUCCCUGGAAGCAAGGCGUGUGUUUGAGCUAUUACCCGUAAUGGAGAACACCUCAGAUUCAUCUAUGCCGGUAGAGUGCUGUAACAAAUGUAAUUCACCCAUUAGCUUAGUAGGCCACUUGGUUAAAUAGGUGACGUGUCAGAAAAGGGUGAAAAGCUGACACAGAAUUGAAUUCCAUUAUGGUUUCCUGUAUUACAGAUUUUUACUUUGAAAAAGCAGCUGAUCAAUGAGGGAGAAAAAAAAACACCUCAAAAAGCAAAACACACAACGCCCCCCAGCCAGCACAUGUUUCUGAAUAGCCCUGCUCCGUUAACCAGAGCAGGAGAGGCCAUUAGCCCAGCUGUUUUUCUCACAGCCAGCUAUUUGCAGUAUCUGAACUCAGGAUGUGCAGAGCACUAGUCACCGAUUGCCCUCCUGCUAAAAGCUACUACCAUUUCUUUGAAAACCAGCUGCGUCAGUGAGGGCUCUUGACCCAAGCCUCUGUUUUACAGGUUUUGUGUUCGAGAGUUUUGUUUUGUUUUAAUAGAUUUCCUCUUCAUUAUUAUAGUUUUAUAGUCCAGAUGUUUAUUAGAGAGAACCGGCAUGCAGAUUAAAACAAAAUAAACGCGGCUCUACUAU